ACUCUUUUUAAAACACGCACCACAAGUUGAGAAGGCGAGGCCAAUGCGCUUUCUUGAGACGUAUAACAACUGGACAAGAGCCUACUAAAAGCGGGUCUGAUGGCAUCAUGCCAAGGCGUUUUUCUCUAUAUGGUGUCCAGCAUCUGUCCCUGCGAUCGUGGAUCUUGAGCAUCAUUGUGCUGAGUGUGAUAACCAAUGAAUAUCUCAUCUACUGGCUGCAGUCAUGGAGGUGGCCAACACUCCCAGUUCACGAACGGAACCCUGAGAGAGAGAUGGUGAUUCUGCUAGUAUCAGACCCACAGAUACAAGGUUACCAGGAUGAGUCUCCAUUUCCACUGGGAAUGUUCACUCGGUGGGAUAUUGACCGGUUUCUAAGCAGGACGUUUUCACUGGCGUUUGACUAUAGCCAGCCAGACGCUGUUGUCUUCCUUGGAGAUCUGAUGGAUGAGGGCAGCAAGGCAACCACCGAGGAAUACCAGUACACUCUCAGUAGAUUUCACAAUAUUUUUUAUCCAGUGGAAAAUUCAGUGGUGAUAUUUAUUCCUGGAGACAAUGAUAUUGGAGGUGAGGGGAGAGACUACAGAACCCCCUGGAAGAUGAGUCGCUAUGAAGAGAGCUUUGGAAACAUUUCUGGACUCGUCAAUGUGGGAUUUGUCGACUUUAUUAAGCUUGAUCUUCAGUUUCAUCAUGAAAUGCCACCGUACAUGCUGAAAUUGAUAGCUGAAGUAAAUCAAAAGUCAUCUGCCCCUAUCAGAAUUAUUAUCAACCAUGAUAUGUUACUACCAAAGAUGAAAUUCUUCAUACAUCCAAUUUUAAGACUAGUCAGGCCACAUCUAUUGUUGACAGGCCACUGGCAUGAGGCCAUUCAUUUUGAUUGUGUUGACUGCAUGGCUGAAAAUACGGACAGCAGUCAUUGGCCAGUUCAUAGGAAAGACUUGUAUAUGAAGCAUUACAUUGACCUUGACCUUAGUGACCCUUUAGCGAUACAUGAAUUGAUGGUGCCUUCAUGCAGUUACCGAAUGGGAAAGAAGGACAUGGGAUAUGGAGUCUUAGUUAUAAAACCAGAUGGCAAAAUGAAGUUCACGGUGCUGUGGCUGCCCCAUCGAUACACGAUGUUGUUUUAUUAUCUCUACCUGUCUUCUGUACUGGCCGUUAUAGCUACGUGUGUAUGGGUGUAUAAAUAUCUCCGUACAGUUCGUCAUCUUUCUAGAUGACAAUUAACAAGCCUAAUAUUUAAGAGAAAAAAGUCUUGAUCCCUUUUUAAAUGUACCAUGUCUUCAUAGUGAAGUAAGGGUGGGAUUUAGCUUGGUCGGUUGAGUGCUCACUUGAGGUGUUUGCUUCGCAGGAUCGAACCACCUCGGUGGAUCCAUUCAACUGAUUGAGUUUUUUUCUUGUUCCAACCAG